AUGGGCGUGUUCGAUGCCCUCCGAGGCCGUGGGACCGCCAACCAGACGACAGAAGUAUCUGAUACGAGUAACACUCAGAAUGAGAAGUCAGUCGCGGCUGGCGAGGACCAGCACCCACCGUCUUAUGACGCCGACACGCCCCCAAUCUCGUCGGAUGGGUCGCACCACGGGGAUAUGUUCGAUGAUGCAAAGGAAUUAGCCCAUAACCCCGAUACCGUCACAUCCGACGCCGAGCUGGGUCAACAAAAGGCGGAGGCAGCAGCUCUGGUAUGGAGCCGACCAGCGUUGGUUGGUAUUUAUGCAUGGAUUUGGAUUUGUACUUUCAUUUUGGCUUUCCACUCGACAAUCAGUGGUGUUCUGAUCAACUACAUUCAAGGAGGGUUUAAAUCUGCACCCCAGGUCUCCACCUCCUAUAUUCUGGCGAACAUCGUUGGCGGUGUUGUGAAACUCCCUUUGGGUAAGACACUGAACCUUUGGGGUCGUGCCGAGGGCACUAUCGUGUCUGUGGCCGUCUAUUUACUCGGCAUGAUUAUUCUCGCUUCUUGCAAUGGGCCCAGUGGUUAUGCCGCGGGAUACACACUCUACUGGAUUGGGUACUACUGCUUGUACCUCAUCCUGAAUGUGUUCGUCGCCGAUACGUCUGGUCUCAGGAACCGAGCGUUCGCCUUUGGAUUUAUGCAGACCCCGUUCAUCUGUACUGCCUUCACGGGCUCCCUGGCCGCAAACUCGAUUUAUACUAAAUACGGCUGGCGCUGGGGCUACGGCAUCUUUUGCAUUGUGACUCCAUUUGUCUUCUUGCCCCUCGCCAUGGUGUUCAAGUACUUUGAAAACAAGGCAAAGAAACAGGGUCUCCUCCGCAGACAGCCCAGCGGUCGAACCACAAUGCAGUCGAUCAUUCAUUAUAUCCAUGAAUUCGAUGUUAUCGGUGCCUUCCUGCUUAUGGCUGCCUGGGUUCUUUUCCUCCUACCCUUCAGUCUGGCUCAGAAUGGUCGCUCCACAUACAAAAGUGCAACAUUUAUCGCUCCUCUCGUUAUCGGUUUCAAGAUGUUCUUUGUCUUCGCCGCAUGGGAGAAAUGGGGCGCACGAACUCACUUCAUCAGAUAUGAAUUGAUCAAGCGACCCACCAUUCUCGGCGCAUGUAUAUUGUCCGCCACGCUGUUCUUCAGCUUCGAGCUGUGGGAUCAGUAUUUCUACAACUUCAUCAUCAUCACCUACGACAUUGGCACAGUCUAUGCAGGAUAUAUGCUCCAGAUCUACAAUGUCGGCUCGUGCUUUUUCUCCCCCAUCAUUGGAGCAAUCAUCUGGUCCACCGCGCGCUUCAAGUAUAUCUGCCUGUUCUUCGGCGCCCCCCUCAUGAUCCUCGGCUCAGGAUUAAUGAUCUACUUCCGUGGUGCCGACCACGGAAUCGGCUACAUUGUCAUGUGCCAGAUCUUCAUUGCUUUCGCCGGCGGCACCCUGGUCAUCGGCGAAGACAUGGCUGUCAUGGCAGCUGGUGGUCGUGAAGGUACCCCGAUGAUGCUGGCCCUCAUCGGACUGUUCUCGAACAUGGGUGGCGCAAUCGGUCUGGCCGUUGGAGCAGCGAUCUAUAAUAAUGUCUUCGUCGAUACCCUUGCCGCUCAGUUGCCACCUGAUCUAAAGGGCAACGCUACCCAGAUUUAUUUCGACGGUAUCAACACACAGUUGACCUAUCCUUUCGGCUCACCGCUUCGAGAUGCUGUUGCCUACACUUGGGGCCAUGCUCAGCGCAUGAACUGUAUUGCUUCUACUGCCAUCUUGGCUUUGACGAUUCCUUGUAUCUUGGCUUGGAAGAACUACAACGUCAACCAGAAGCAAAACAAGGGCCGGAUGAUUUUCUAG